AUGGGGCAAAAACACAGCUCGCGAGACGGGAGCAGCAACGGGCGGUGCCAGCCCUCCUUCCAGCAGCAGCCGUCGUCGCAGUGGGGCGCCGGAGGAGGGUAUUACGCCCAGGACCCGCGCGCCGGCUACUACGGCGCGCCGCCGCCACAACAAGGAGGAGGGUACGCCGCGCCGUACCCGGCCCCGGCGUACCAGCCCACCGCCGCCGCUUCUCCGGCGCCGCAGGCCGCGAAGCCGCGUCAGCUGGACCGGCGGUACUCGCGGAUUGCCGACGACUACCACUCGGUGGACCAGGUUACUGAUGCUCUAGCUCAAGCAGGACUUGAAUCAUCAAAUCUUAUUGUUGGCAUUGAUUUCACAAAGAGCAAUGAGUGGACAGGCAAAUUCUCUUUCCAUGGACGUAGUCUACAUCACAUUAGCAACACACCGAAUCCGUAUGAACAAGCCAUCUCGAUUAUUGGGCGAACACUAUCGAAAUUUGAUGAAGAUAAUUUGAUUCCAUGUUUUGGAUUUGGAGAUGCAUCAACACAUGAUCAAGACGUCUUCUGUUUCUCUCCUGACGAGAGACCUUGCAAUGGAUUCGAAGAAGCUCUCGAUCGUUAUCGGGAACUUGUACCAUGUUUGCGCUUAGCUGGACCAACAUCCUUUGCACCAAUUAUUGAGAUGGCUAUGACCAUUGUGGAGCAAAGUGGCGGGCAAUACCACGUCCUAUUGAUAAUUGCAGAUGGGCAGGUUACGAGGAGUGUAGAUACUGCAUCUGGACAGCUGAGUUCGCAAGAGCAAAAGACUGUUGAUGCCAUUGUGAAGGCCAGUGAAUUGCCUUUGUCCAUUGUGUUAGUAGGAGUUGGUGAUGGCCCCUGGGACAUGAUGAAGGAAUUUGAUGACAACAUUCCUGCUCGAGCUUUUGACAAUUUCCAAUUUGUAAAUUUCUCGGAGAUAAUGUCCAAGAACAUGGCACAAUCAAGGAAAGAGGCUGCAUUUGCUCUUUCAGCAUUGAUGGAGAUACCACAACAGUAUAAAGCAACCGUGGAAUUAGGAAUUUUAGGUCGCCGCUCUUUCAAGAAUCCUGACAGAGUUCCUCUGCCUCCCCCUACUGGAAGUUAUGAUGCUUAUUCCUAUUCAUCUAAAAGCUUUAGUAAACCAAACACCUACCCGCAGAGCUCUUCAUCCGCAUCACCCUAUCCUCACUAUGAAACUCCACAUACAGCCACCCCAGCUGCACCUUCAUCCACUUAUGACAACCAGGUCUGUCCUAUCUGCCUUGUGAACCCCAAAGACAUGGCGUUUGGCUGUGGACACCAGACUUGCUGUGACUGCGGACAGAGUCUCGAGUCGUGCCCAAUCUGUCGCACUCCCAUCACUACAAGGAUAAAGCUAUACUAG